AUGCCCAAAGAUAAGGUGGAAGUGUUCUGGUUCUCCGAACAACCCUACGCCCACGUUACCAAUGAAGACGUUUCGCAGUACGAAUCGGGACGGCUGGAUUUUUCCAACUCCCACUUCGACCCUGAGAAGGCGCACAUCCUCUAUAACCAGUACCACGAUCAAUAUGCCUGGGCCGACCAAAAUGGGUUCGACGGCAUCAUGUCCAACGAGCACCACGCUUCGUACUGGUGCAUGAAGCCGGCGGUCAACAUCGACGCCGCCGUCAUCGCCAAGGUGACGCGGAACGCCAAGAUCGCCAUCCUGGGCAACGUGAUUGCCGUCAAUGACCCCAUCCGCAUGGCCGAGGAAAUCGCCAUGCUGGACUGCAUCUCCGGCGGGCGCAUCAUCUCCGGAUUCGUGCGCGGCACUGCUGUCGAGACCCUGCAGGGAGGCAUCGCUCCGCCACAAAACCGUGACCGUUUUGAAGAGGCCCACGACUUGAUCAUCAAGUGCUGGACCGAGCCGGGACCUUUCCGCUACGAGGGCGAGUACUACCACUACCGGAAGGUGAACCCCUGGGUCCUGCCCAUGCAGAAGCCUCAUCCGCCCAUCUGGUUCCCCGGCUUCAGCAGCCCCGAAUCGGUGAUGUGGGCGGCACGCCAUCAGCAUCCGUACAUGAACCUGGGGUCGCUGCUGGACCACACCCACCGUCUGCGCGACGUGUACAUCGACACGGCGCGUGAGACGGGCUUCGAGCCCGGUCCGGAGCACUUCGGCUACCUGCUGCGGAUAUUCUGCGCCGACACCGACGAGAAGGCCCAGGAGCUCGGCCGCGAGUUCCUCUGGACCCAGGAACACCGCAACCGCGGCCCUCGCGAACACAACGACCCGCCCGGGUACCAGUCCCGCGAGGCGGUCGACAUCCAGCGGACUCUGCCGGGCGCCGGCGGGUUCGGGAGGACGAUGACCUACGAGGAGCUGCAGGAAGCCAACAACAUCAUCGUGGGCAGCCCCGACACGGUGCGGGAAAAGCUUUCCAUGAUCGUCGAACGCCUCAAUCCCGGCUACCUGCAUAUCUAUGGCAACGAGGGCGCCAUGGCCCACGAGGACGUGAUGCGCUCCAUCGAGCUGAUCGGCCGGGAGGUCAUCCCCGCGCUGCACGAGAUACCGCUGGUGGACCACUACUAG